GCCUCGCCCCCUCUAUUAAUUCUCCACAACUUUUUUUUGGUGUACAAUACAUACAGCUCAAAAAUAUCAGUAUCCAAAUACUCUUUCAUUUUUCAACUAUGGCGAAAAAGGCGGUUAUGAUCGGCUGCAAUUAUCCGGGAACCAAGGCGGAGCUGAAAGGAUGCAUCAACGAUGUCAAGCGGAUGUACACCUGUCUGGUGGAGCGAUACGGCUUCUCCGAGGAUGAUAUCACCGUCCUCAUCGACACCGAUGAUUCGUACACCCAGCCUACCGGCCGGAACGUACGCGCCGCCCUCGCCGAUCUGGUCAACUCCGCCCAGCCCGGUGAUUUCCUGUUCGUGCAUUACAGCGGCCACGGCACCCGCCUCCCGGCCGAGACCGGCGAGGAUGACGACACCGGCUACGAUGAGUGCAUUGUCCCCUCCGACAUGAACCUCAUCACCGACGAUGAUUUCAGAGAAUUGGUGGAUAAAGUACCGGAGGGAUGCCAGAUCACCAUCGUCUCCGAUUCAUGCCACAGCGGCGGCCUGAUCGACGAGGCCAAGGAGCAGAUCGGAGAAAGCACCGCCAAACAGGGCGAGGAAGAAGAGGAAGCAGGAGAAGAAGGCGGAUCUCGAUUCGGAUUCAGAAACUUCCUCCGCAAAACCGUCGGAGACGCAAUUGAAUCUCGUGGAUUCGGCGGGCGCCACAACCAAGACGAAGAGGAAGAAGAAACAAACGAAGGUGAAGGCUACAUGAAGAGCAAAUCCUUACCCCUAUCAACCCUAAUCGAACUACUCAAGCAAAAAACCGGCAAAGACGAUAUCGACGUUGGAAAAUUGAGGCCAACGCUCUUCGACGUAUUCGGAGAUGACUCCAGCCCUAAAGUAAAGAAAUUCAUGAACGUUAUCUUCAGCAAAUUGCAAGGCAACAACGAAGAAGGCGGCGAUGGUGGCAGCGGUGGGUUUCUAGGAAUGGUGGGCGGUUUGGCACAGCAGUUUCUGAAGCAGAAGCUCGAAGAAAACGACGAGGGCUACGCGAAGCCUGCACUCGAAACACAUGUCGAGAAAAAAGAGGAAGCUUAUGCUGGUUCUGCUAACAGAUCGCUACCAGAUAGCGGGAUUCUCAUCAGUGGGUGCCAAACGGACCAGACUUCGGCCGAUGCUAGUCCAUCGGGUGAUGCGAGUCAAGCUUAUGGUGCUUUGAGCAAUGCGAUCCAGACUAUAAUUGCUGCGUCGGACGAGCCGGUUAGUAACCAGGAGCUUGUGCUUAAGGCGAGGGAGCUGUUGAAGAAACAGGGCUACACUCAGCGCCCCGGGCUUUACUGCAGUGAUCAUCACGUAGAUGCUCCUUUUAUUUGCUGAUGAAUGAAUUUGAUUGAUUAUAUGGUUUGUGUUUGAUGUUUUCGUGUGAUUUUGUGGUUUUUGCUUGCUUUUUUUUUUUUUUUUUUUUCUACAUUCAGUUUAUUGAAUGAAUGUGUACAAUAAAUAUUUAUAUUUUCGGACCGAACUGGAAUAUUAAUUAACAUAUCGAUUUUUUUGAGUGGAA